UCCCUCUUUUUUCUGUGAAGAUUGAAGAAAACCCAUUCUUCUUGUUGAAGUUGAACAGAAGAAAGAGACAGCCGAGAGCCGCCACUUAGACUUAGAGAGGGCACCGAACGAGUUAGUUACGCGACGUUUCAUCCAUCCAUAUCCCUUAAGGUUUAAGCAAUCGUAGCAGGUUUCUUAAACGAAGGCCUUCAUGAAGAUUAGAUGAUGAAAAGUUGAAUCAAAAUUACAACCUUGAGGUUUUGCUAGCUGUUCCGCAUCUCUUUCAGGUUCUGGAUUAUCGGGAGGGGCAAGUACCCCAUUGGUUACGCAACUCUAAACCUCUAAUUUCUCUUGUUUCCUCAUUUCUAAGUUCUUCAGAUCAAAUGAUUCAUGUGAAGAAAAACAAAGACGGAGCAUCCAAAUUCUAAAUUGAAGUCUUCUUCUUUGCCGAGCUCUUUCGGAGAUGGCGAUUUCCCACCAAGAAGGGUUACUGGGGAGAGGCGAUGAUGAACCGGAUAGCUUCGUUGUGGAUAUGGAAAGAUUGUGCCAUGGCACUGAUAAAGACAUCUCCCCUAAUUCAAGGAUCACUAGAAGCUUUUCCCGAAAAGGAACACACAAGGGAGAGAGGAAGAGUAAUGCUACCAUAGCUGCUAGUAACGACAAAGCCACAGAUACUGUGGCAACUAAUGGGGAUAUCUCCUUCAGAGGAGAUGGUGGUGUUAUCGAUGUCAACUUGGCUGAAAAGUCAACCACUGUUCCAAGGGGGACUGCAUCAGUAGAGCCCACGAACAAGCAAGCACGAGCAAUGAGGAUGGUAAUGAACAAUGAGAACAGAGCCAUUAGUAGUCCUAGAAGACACGGUGCUAAGAGGCCAUUGGCUGCUUGGCUCAUCGGCCCACGGACGGUCCUUGCCUUCUUCGCCACUUUGUCAAGCAUGGGAACUAUACUACUGAUCUACUUCACGCUUUCCAUGGCCAAACAUGGUGAAGACGAUCCCUCUCCAGCUCUGAUACAGUGAAGAAACCGAUAGCCAAUACAAAGGAGUCCUUACCCCUCAUUUUGAGUCCGGAUCAGUCCCUGUACUCUUUCUCAUUUUUUCUGUUUUAGAUUUUUCUUUGGGGUUGUGGAAAAUCUCAGAUAUGUACUUAAUGGAAAAUGUCGUCUUCACGAUGGUGAGAAAAGACUAGGAAAUACCAAAAAUGUAAUCUUCAUUUUGUUUUGAGUAGAGAGAAGGGGAGGCGGAGUAAGGGGGAUAGUGAGAGAUGAAGACAUGGAGGAGAUAUGGCAAUGUCACAAGAAAUAGAGUAUAUAAGAUACAUAAGAGUGAAGAGGAGCGUGAAGAGGAUUUCACUUUCUACCAUAAAAAAGUGAAAAGAGGUAUGUAUACAUAUAUAUAUAUAUAUAUAUAUAUAUAAAAGCAAAAGGGACAGGUGUUGGAUCCUCACAUGUAAAUCGAAGUGAACGUAUGUGAAGGUUGUGCAGCAGAUUCAAAUUCAUCCUUGUUGGCAUCAGUUACCAUCAUAAGCUAUACAGUUGAGGUAAUGCAAUUAUGUUGAUGGCUUAGAGUGAAGUACUUAUUAUUAGAGUUUUGUAGUUCGUCUGAGUGCCAAGGGUGCCACUGUGUACAGAUGAGAUACACUGUCCAUUGGCAAAAUCUGGGUUUAGAGUUUUUUCCAUUUCACUCUUUUUGUUUUGGGGUGGAGGCGCUCUAGUUCGUUGUAGAUUCUUAUCCAGGACUUAUAUCAUUUACUGAUGCUAUGUGAAUCACUUUUUUUUAGUAA